UCCUUAAGAUUCUGAUUUGAUAUCUUCAUUCGUAUCUCUCUUUCUCUUCUGUCAAAUAUUUUCCGUAUCUUCUUGAAAUCAACACCAUAUCCCCAUAUAUAUAUAUUCACCUCACAAACCCACAAAUCACAAACACACAAAUUCACAAUUUCAUAUAUUUUUCUUGCAAACAAAUAUAGCAAAUAAUGGAUACUCAAUUUCAUGUUUUAGCUGUUGAUGACAGUAUUAUUGAUAGAAAACUCAUUGAAAGACUUCUAAAGACUUCCUCUUAUCAAGUUACUGUUGUGGAUUCUGGAAGUAAAGCUUUGGAGUUUCUUGAAGUAAGAGAAGUGGGAGUGAAUUUGAUAAUUACAGAUUAUAGCAUGCCUGAAAUGACUGGUUAUGAUUUAUUGAGGAAGAUUAAAGGUUCAUCUUAUUUGAAGGAUAUUCCAGUUAUAAUUAUGUCAUCAGAAAAUGUUCCAUCAAGAAUUAAUAGAUGUUUGGAAGAAGGAGCUGAAGAGUUUUUUCUAAAGCCAGUUCAACAAUCAGAUGUUAAUAGAAUUAAGCCUCAUUUAAUGAGGGAAAAACCAAAUUCUCUCAAGAGAAAAGCUAUGGUAGAAUGCAUUUCACCUGACAAAACUAGAAAAUAUAGCAACAACAAUUUGUGUAGCAUCUUUUUGCAGAACAUUUGUGAGUGAUGUUUCAAGUGGAUCUAAGAGGAAAGAGGGAAAAUUGUUUCGGAGAAAACUGGAUAACAUAUUCAGUGUAAUCUCACAAUUGAGAUCUGAGAAGGGCUGCACGAAUGCAAAUCUUACCCUACCUCGGAGAGUGGUUGUUCUCAGGGUGUUUAUAUCAAACAAAUGAAUUCAAAGGAAUUAGCGACGAAUUAUAAAAAAAAAAUGUUGAAGAUGGAUGGAAAGUGAUUGGAUUAGCACUUUGUUGUGUUGAGAGCCAUGAUCUAAGUGAAUCUGUAAAGUGGAUUUACAAUGAUGUUACUGUAAUCAAGCAGAUCUGAUCUGAUUUGGGACUAAUUUAGCCCUAAUCAUAUACAAUUAUACAUAGGACUUAGGAGUAGUACAUAAUUUCCUUUUUGAUAUUGUACACAAUCUAAUUCAAAU